AUAUUUAGCCAAUAUUUGCGUGGUAGUCACGAGCUUUCGUAACGAUAUUGGUCUACACGAAAUGUACGAACUUCACGUGUCUAUAUUGUUUCGCUUUGUGGAGUUUAAGGAGUUUAACUUCGUGAAAACUAAUUUCAAGCACCAAUGUUUAAAAUAUUGUAAAAUUUACAUUCUUAAUGUUUUUUUUUGUUGUUGUUUUUUUAAUUUAGAAAAUGUUCUCAAUUUUUACUGUUGCCUGUUUUUAAAAAGGCAAAUGAAAUUUUAAAAUUCAAUUGGAGUCAUACCAUCUUAAGACCAAAUAUAAUUCAAUUCGUACCAAGAACAAAAACGCAGGAACACUUCUUCAAGUUAUCUUCCCCUGUAAUAUUCAAAGUGAAACAAUCAAAGCACUUUGAAACUUUUUUUCUGAUAAUAACAAGACACUUCCGACCUGUAGGUAACUUGAGGUAAUAUUUCCAGUUAUAUUUGAUGCUUUCUAAGCCCUACGGCUUUACUGUGUCUAAACAAACGUUUGCGGGAAGUAUAUCGCAGACAAACAUAAUAGGUAUCCACAGGACCUUAUAUUCGCAAAGGAUUUAAACAUGGAUAUAUACUCAGUGAACAGACGAAUAUAGACGGCUAGACGGCACAAAUAACUUUUUACCUCGGAAAUUGCAAAAUUGAUGAGAAAAGAUCAAAACUUGUUACAUAAGUGAUAUUAUUUGACGUCUUUGCUCUGUAAUUAAGUGCUUUAUAUGCACACAGUGCAAGAAAUAUUGAGUAAAAUAUGAAUAAGUAGAACACACGUUAUGAAUAUUGAACCUGGAAUAAGACUAUGAAAUAGGGAAACGAAAUUAUUCAACAAAAUGUAAACUAUGAAUUUUCGAAACAAGUGACAAGUUUGGAAUCUAAACAGACGCCAGAACAGAAGAAAAUGGAGAAAGAAGAAACGAAUCUUACUCUUGAAGAACUUGACGAAGAAGAAAGAUCGAAGCAUUUUCCUCUUACAGUGCUCCUCGUGAUAAUCAUGGUGAUCGGUAUUGUCGGCAAUACCCUUGUACUUAUCAUUUACAAAAGGAAAUUCACCAGAUCAAGUGCUAGAUCUUAUAUUCUGAGUCUAGCGAUAGCAGAUCUGUCCGUAUGUCUUGUUGGAAUACCAUACCAUGUUUUGGACUUGACACUGAUUUUGACAUACACACAUAUUAAUCUGUGUAAAGUAUUAAGUUUCUUUAUUGGAGCUUGUACUCUUAGUUCGGUGUUUAUUCUCCUUGUAGUAGGGCUUGACAGAUAUUUCAAGGUGUGCAGACCUUUGAAAAGACAGAUAAGGGAUUUUGGUGAUAGAAAAGCAUGUGUUCUAGCAACCUUUGUCGCAGUAGUAAUUUCUAUACCAAAUGGUAUCAUUUACGGGCAAAGUGCUGUACAGACGCCUGUGAACAAUCUUACUGGUGUGGAAUGUUUUAUUGCAGACGAAUACCACGGUUCUGAUCUAGCCGUAGGAUAUUUGGGAUUUAAUUUGUUAGUUUUUGUCAUUUCCGUGUUGUUUCUGAUCAUUAUAUAUGGUUUUAUAUGCCGGAAGAUAUAUCAACAAGAUAAAAUGUCAGGGGAAAUCAUGUUGAAGAAAACUAAAACGGUUUGUUUGUGUUGUACUGUUGAAAAUCAGGAGGAGGAAGAUGGUGAUGGAGAGGUUACUGGUGCAAUGAAUAAUGAAGUGGCUGAGGAUGUUAGAGUCACAGAUGACGGUACUGACUCUGAAUUUCAAAGCGUUAACAUAGAAACGGAGGAGACAGAAAAAAAACAUUUAAAUUCAAAGUUAACAAAUGUAAAAAGCUCUAAAGUUAAUCCUGAUCGGAAAGCAGCAGUUAAAACUAGUUGCGCAAUGAUACGGCAUAAGAGACCAGGAUCAAAAGCUGGAGAAAAGAACACAAUGAAGAUAACUCUUAUGAUGAUGACGAUAACUAUUGUAUUCGUAAUUUCUUACCUCCCUUUUAUUGUUAUUUCUAUCAUAGAUUCAAUAGACGAAACCCUUUGGUUUGAUAUGCCAGUCGCGGAAUCACUAUUACUGGAUCUUAUGUUGAGGUUAUAUCUUAUAAAUAAUGUAGCUAACCCUGUGAUAUACAGCUUUUGGGACAAAAGAUUUCGGAAAGAAAUCAAACGGCUACUAAGAAAGGUAGCUUGUUGUUUCAAAAACGAUGAAGUAAGUGAAGACCAGUCAUAUACCAAGUCAAGGAGUGGAAUGUCAACUUCCUGCGCUUAUACAAAGAAUACCGAGGCAGUUACAGAUAAAUAGAACACUUGGAUAGGAACAGCGACUGGAUCUGUGUAGUCUGAAAUGUGUACAUGGUUACUAACAGAUACAAUUAAAUAGAGCAAUGGCAUAGUUGCAUGUACUGUGGAAUUGCUAUAACUUUAAACACUCUAGAAACACUUGCUAAAUGUUAAUCUUUGACUGGACAUAAAGAAAGUGACACCACUAUGCGUUUGUUCAAAGUGUAUUUAAUCGGGUAUAUCUGUACCGUGAAGUUAAAAUGUUUUAUCUAAAGAUGUACAUAGAUGAUAGCCAUAUAAUAGUUAAAUAUUUCAUAGUUUAAACAUUUAGACGCUUUUUAAAUGAUAUUUCACAUUAUGGUAUUGAUUCAAAUUAUAUUUAUAUACAUGAUGACAAACAAUUAAUUUUAGUAAGUGCCCAUAUGUCUAUUAUGCCCAUAUGUCUAUUAUGCGUCCCCUAGUACAUAAGCGUUAGAGACAUCACAAAUACUAGAAACAUUUCGAGACUGACAAUAUUAUUUCGAGAUAUUCUGUUGUGCUUAGUUUCAAUUAGUCCCAAUCCGUAAGUCACAGUGUAUUUUCCAUGUAAGUGAGUAAGUAAGAAAGAAAGUAAGUCAGUAAGUAAAUCGUUUUUAUAGUGACAUGUGCAUAUCUACAUAUGAUAUUUUCAUAACGUUAUUUACAAAUUGUAAUGACGCACCCGGCCCGAUGGGCCUAUAUGUCACCUGUAUCAUAAUAUGUUUUGUGAAUAGAUUGCUUUGUUUACUUCGCCGGUAUGUAUUACAAACCGUUAAACUAAUCAUAACAUUUAAUUAAAACCUGGAUUGGAAUUUUGCUUAAAAUUGUUUUGAAGUUAGAAUAAAAAGGUUGAAAUAAUG